AUGCCCUUACUUCGACAAUCCUGCUCGCGACCCACCGAGAGGGAAUUGUUGCCUCUCGGCGCCCUUGUCGCUCGCGUUGCACUCGUCGCUCUCGUCGCCCUUGUCGCUCUCGUUGCUCUCGUCGCACUCUUCCAACCCGUCCCUCCCGUCCUUUGCCUCUCGCCUUCCUUCCCUCCUCGACUCUCCCCUUCCCCUACACUUUUCUACCCUCCUUCCCAUGGCAAUGCUUCCCCCCACCCGCGUUGCUCCCCCACUUCCCCGCGCUGCUUCCCCACCUCCCCGGCUGCUCCCCCGUCCCUCCGCGCUACUUCCCCACUUCCCCCCGCGCUGCUCCCUCGUCCCUCCGCGCUUCUUCCCCACUUCCCCCCGCGCCGCUCCCCCUUCACUCCGCUCUGCUUCCCCACUUCCCCCCACACUGCUUCCCCUACGCGCUACUUCCUGACUCCUCCCCCUCACACUCCCGUUUACAAUCCUUCAUCCUCGCUCUCGUCUCCCCUCCCUUUGCCCUUUCCGUCGCGUACCCGUCCCCUGCCCCUCGCCCUCGCUUCCUUAGAUUGUCACUCGCGUUGCCCAUGCCUGUCGCCCUCGCUCCCCUACCGUCGCCCUCACUUCCCCUCCACCGCCUUCCUCGUCGACAUCGCCUCCCCUGCCCGUCAUUACUUCCCCUCCCCGUUCCCAAAAAUUCCCCUGCCCGUCGCCCUGUUUUCCUCUCCCUUCGCUUUCUUUUUCCUCUCCCUUCCCUUACCCUUUCCCCUCCCCUCCCUUCCCUUUCUUCCUCACCACCAUUCCCUCGCCGCCUCUCUCCUCGCUUCCCUCUCUGCCCCUCCCUACCAAAUACGCGCAAAUGUUCCCUUCGCCCAUGCGUACCCUCCCAUCCUCCUCCCUGUUGUCCUCGUUUCUGCUGCAUCCCCACCCUCUUCUGUUUUCCACUCUUCGCCUCCCUCCUCCCGUCCCUCUCCGCUUCCCCCCCCCCCCUCCAAUCCCUCUCCGUUUCCCUCCCUCCUCUCGUGCGGUCCCGCCCACCUUGAACUUUCUUCUCCCUAUCUCCAAGGCGGGAGGAGGAGCUGGCCCUGGAGCUUCCCCUCUCUACCUGCAAUCUCCCAUUGCUCACUUACUCUUAUCGCACAUUCACUUACGUCAGCCAUUCAUUCGCUCCCAUCAAUGCUCACUCGCACACGUCACUCGCACGUUCCAGUGCGUUCAUGUUCUCUCAUGCUCGGUAUCUGUCCCACAUUCUCGCAAAUGAUCACUCAUGCUCUUCGCCCCUCUCCCCCAUACUCGCUCACUCAUCCUCAUGCGCUCUGCCCUCAGGCCCCAACUUACUCACCUCUCGUCUUCCCUUCCACCCAUCAACCCAACCAUUCCUCUCCUACGCCCAUCUUCCCCAUUGCUAUCUCCUGCCCAACCACUGCAAUCCCUUUUCUCCUUUGCCCCUCUCUGCGGCCCACUCCCCUCAUUUCUCCCCACGUCCAUUCCUUCAGGCUCUCCCGUCCCCUCUCUAUUUAG